UGCAUUAAGCGGGUGACCUUUAUAUAUAAAACACGUAUAAUAGAAUCUUUAUAAAUAUAAGUGGGUGACCUUUAUAUGGGAUUUUAUACAUAUAUACGCGGUGACCUUUAUACAUAUAUUGUCCUCCACUAUGUCGCCACCGCGGAGUGUUAACUUAUUGUUAAUUUUGAUGACCUUUGUGGCGGUUUUAUUGGCCGUCGACGCGAGUAUUCUCAGCCGGAUCGACGGCAGCAGCGCCAUCUAUGUGCAGCCGCAGCCGCGCUCCCGCCGCCCCGAUGCUCCCCAGCUUCGGCCGCCGCCCGCACCCAUAAAGAGCGGGCUAAAGGUCAUCAGUAAGGGUGUCCUGCAAGGCAGUAAAGCGCUGCCGCAGCGGCUUAGCGUCAACCGGAAUUUCGGCUACAGUUUGUGGCUGCAGCCGCGCGAUAUCCCCUUCCGGCUGGCCACCGACGCGGCCACCUCCUACGAGGCGGCGGAGUUGGUGAUUAUCCUGCAGGCCAUGUCGCAGUUAUCCAGCGAGCUGGGCCAGUGCAUCAGUUUCCGGUUGUAUGAUCCGCUGCGCGAUCUGGGACGCGAUCAUCUCUACCUGUCCAAAACACUCAACGACGGGUUGGCGACGGCGACGUGCUUCUCCUUUCCCGGACGCGUCCUGCGUAGCCGCGGUCGAGGACAGAAACUGAUACUGCGCGGCGGCGUCUUCGGCUGUCUGGACAGCGUCCGGCAGGCGGCCAAAUACCUGGUCAACGUCCUGGGCCUCCGCAACGAGUAUAACCGGCCGGAUCGCGAGCGCUGGAUCACCACGCAUCCCCAGAAUAUCCGCCCCGAGUUGGUGGCUCUGGAACUGCUGCGGCCGUACCACGAGCGCAACGUGGAGACGCUGGGCACGGCGCUGGACCUGGAGUCCAUCACCAUGCUGGACGUGGACCGGUACGCGGUGCCCGGGAUCCGGCUGCUCAGCAGCCUCAGCGGCCAGCCCAUCGGGACCAGCCGCACCGGCCUGCUCAGCUACUGGGACUGCAUCGGCAUCACCACCAUGUACUCCACGCUGGGCUGCUCCCCCACCGUCUGCAGUGGUCUCGCGCCGGUGUCGUCGACCACCUCCACCACACCCGCGUCGACCGCAUCCCCCGUGACGGACACCUCCCCGACCUCCGCCACCUCGGAGACCUCCCCGACGACCUCCGGGACCAUCGAGACGUCCCCGACCACCUCCGGCAGCACCGGGACGACCUUCGAGAGUUCGGACCCGACCUCCACGGACACCACGACCGAAACGACUUCCGGAAGCACUGAUACGACCUCCGGAAGUACCGACACGACCUCCGGAAGCACGGAAACCACCUCCGGAAGUACCGGCACCACCUCCGACUCCACCUCCACCGACACCACGACCCCCGGAAGUACCGAGCCAACUUCCACGGACACCACGACGCUCCCAACCACCACCGACACCACUCCGACCACCUCCGACACCACCACGGCCACCACCAGCGGCUCCCCAACGCCCAUGGUCCCGCCUGAGCCGACCCCACCGAUUGGUGAACCCGGGCGUUUCCCGUUGUUGACCUUUCCCCACGGGAUCCGCCCGCAGCUCCCGCUGGACACCCUCGACACCGACCGCAACGACCUCCACCUGCUGCACGGACCGGGGAAGUCGCUGGACAGUGAGGUGGACACGCCGGCCCACUUCCCCGACACACCCUUCCUCGUCCCGGUGAACGCCAGCGCCCCGGAGGGGGGCGAGCCCGGAAGUGGCGGCAACGCGACUGCCAUCAACUGGAUCAACGUCGUGGGCAUCACCAACGAGGACCUGUCCAACUGGCUCAGUCUGCUGGCACCGGCCAAGCCCACCACGAGCAACAGCACGCAGACGCGGUGAUGGUUUAGUAAAGUGGGCGGGGCCUGUGGCGGAAAAUGUUUCCCACGCAACUGACUGCUGGGAAUUUUUUGUGUAAAAUCAGUUUUAAUUUUUUUCACAAUUCCUGUCACCUGUGUAGAAAAAUGUUACUAAAAUUUACGCUAAUUUAUUGGUGCUUUUUGGUUAAGUGGGCGGAGCGUGCGGCGUAACCUUUUUCCCACGAAACUGAUUACUGGGAAUUUGUGUGUGA